AUGGUUUCCAACCCCAGCGAAACUUCCCGUUCACGGAGGACAACCUUGGCCUGCGAAAACUGCCGUGAGAAGAAGCUUCGGUGUGAUGGCGCAAAGCCAGUAUGCAAGUCAUGUAGGCUUCGUGGUCAGGAAUGCUCUCCCCAAACGCUGAACCAGCAGCCAAGGCCGACAAAUAAACGCAUCAGGGAGCUUGAAGAUGAAAAUCGCAGACUACUACAACUGCUAAAUGAAGCCUCGGCCCAAGAGAGCUACCCAUCAGAAGAAACGGCGACUUUCCCUGCUGUAUCUGCAGGACCCCAUGAGACGGGCCAAGUUCAAGAGCGAGAUUUGAGUGAUCAUUUGGUAUCUCACCCAAAUGAGGGCCAGUCGUUGGAAAAGCCCCAGGGUUUCACUAUCAUAAUCAAUCAGAAGCCAGUGACACAAAAUCCGGUGGCAGAAGCACCCCAGAACAACCACUCAAGCUAUCAUGGUCCAACAAGCGUCCUUUUCGAAGAAAUCCCACGACUUCAGGGAGGUAACAACGCCGAGGAACGUUUCUCAGAGGAUACAGAGCAGGCAAGAUAUAGACUGGUUGCAGAGAGUGCAAGACAGCGCCAAUUAGAAUAUGUCAAUGUUUCAACUGGUAGACUUGACUUUGACGGAGUCGAGCCUGAACUCGGCAUGCAACUGCUGUCCAUCUUUUGGACUCGUCAACCCCAUGCCGGGCUCAUCGUCUACCGCACUGCGUUCAUGCGAGAUAUGGCAUGUGGCGGCCCUUAUUUCUCCAGACUUCUCCUUAAUGCCAUGUACUACGCAGCUUCGAAGCACAGCCCUGCAAAGAUGAUACGACAGAAUGCGGCCGAUAGGGCAACCUCCGGGUGGUCGUUCCGGCAGCGCUUCGACGAGCUUCUUCGUGCAUCAUUUGAUAAGACACAUAUUACGACGAUCCAGGCACUACUAAUCAUGGCCAGCUCGCUGUUCACCCGGUGCGGUGAGAGGAGUAUCUCGUGGCUCUACGCCGGGAACGCUUUCAACAUGAUAAUUGAUAGUGGCAUUCACGUUGAAUCGCCCACGUCAAAAACAAUGGCCAGUGAGGAUCUUGAGAUUCGACGGAGAGUAUAUUGGGGAGCAUUCAUGAUUGAUAAGAUCCAGUGCUUGUAUCAAGGCAGACACCCAUGUCUCCGAAUGUCUGAUACGAAUGUUCCUCUUGUUUUCAUUGAUGACUACGAAGAGCUUGAGUUGUUUCCGGGGGCUUCUUUCUGCGACCCAGCACAGCCAAGCACUUCACCGUCAUACCACAUCACAACAUUGAAAAGUCUGUGUAGGCUAAGCAUUGUAAUGGAACGUAUUCACAACAAGAUAUAUGCCGUCAGUCAUCUGACCCAGACGUCAGAAAAUCUCUGCAAAGAGGCUCUGGACCUACAACUUGAGCUGGAGGCAUGGCGGCAAUGUCUUCCCACGCAUUUAGACUUCAUCACGUACAAGACGAAAAUGAGCCCGCUACCGUACAAUCUUAGCAUGUUGGCUGUGUAUAAUGUUCUUGUUAUCCUGGUGCAUCGAUUACUCCUAUCCGAUGUUUCCCUAUCCGCAGGAUCGAUUGCAAGUCAGGCUCUCGCCACCUGCUGGAAAGCCGCCUCCGAGAUCACACAUAUUCUACGAGUACACGAAAAACUAUACAAGCCACUCAGCGAAACAUUCAGCCUCUGCUACGCCGCCUACAUCGGGGCCACAGUACUCAUCCACAUGAUUGUUCGACAUGGGGACCAAUUUGGAGCUGUCGAAGCUCUACGUAUCUGCCUUAAUUGUCUCUCCAAGCACCAGGCUUUCUACUCGGCAGCAAAAAGGGCGAGCUCUAUCAUAGCAAAGCUAAUGGAGCGAGCAGCCGUGCAUAUCUGCGAGUGCGGCGGCCUCUCAGGACAGUGCCAGCUUCAACAUUCCGCUUACAUGAAUGCCGUCUCACCCAAUUCAAACCAGGUACUGCCGGGUGGCAUCGGAUCCGAUGGGCACGCUGCAAAUGGGUCCCCAAAUUCUCAUCUUAUCGCGCUGCCAAACCUUGAAUCGUUGGAAUUUGACGUAGAUCUCGCGUUCCAAGAUUUCAGAAGGCUCCAAGAGACAACGGACAGCAGACUGGGCAUGGUGGAAUAUCCAAUGUUGUACGACCUAUACCAUAACAGCCCACAAGAAAAUGCUGUAGAGUCUACAAAACAAGCAGCAACUAUGUAA